ACAUAUACAUAUAUUAUACGCAUAUGUAUUUAAGAUACACAUGCUGUUGUCAAAGCGAAAAUUGUGAACGCAAAGAUCAAAUAAUUUAUCUCUGUAUACAAUCCGCAUUUAUCAUGAGCGGAAAUGAUAUAAAACAAACUCUCAGGAAACUAGAUUUCCCUUACUGCGCCAGGGAAGCUUUGUGUAGAAUCGGUAUGAAUACAGGUUACCUCAAAUACUGUGCUGCAGACCUGGCAAGCAGGUAGAUUUACAAAUGGACCUGAUAUCGGAAUUUAUAUUUGGGGAGAUAGAAAGGCGAAAGAAACGUAACAUGACUACAGCAAUACAGGAGCUGCAAUUGAUAGAGAUUAUGAGUGACUUUUUUCAAAGUCCAGGUGGUGUUCCUGCAGUUCGCAAUGCACUCUUUUUGUCACUCUUUCCAGCAGAUAGUUCAAAACAUAAGAUUUUAGGUAAUUUGGUAUCUCUAGCAAUAGUUACACAAAACAAAGCAGUCCUGAACGCAGCUGGCAUCUGGAUGCAGCAAUUGAGUUCUAUCUCGUUGCAAAGUAUUGGAUUGGCAAGGCAUGUACUCAAUGAUUAUUUUGUUCUUACUCCACAAUCCAUUGACAAACUGAAGCAGGUGUCUAUAUUUGCACCACAUUUUACUGCCAACUUACUAACGGCAAUAGGUGAAGUUUAUGAAGAUAAAGAUCCCCCUACUAAACUGCUUAGAUUGAUAGGUGAAUGGAUCGAUGAGAAUCCAAGUUUACUACUGAGUCCUUUGACAGACAAUCCAGCAUUACCUAGCGGUGGCAUCCCAAUGACACCGAUAACACCAAUAGCCGGUUUGUUUAGAUGGUGUAUAUUAAGUCCUCUGCGUGAUACAGAGAACACAGAGAAUUACGAAGAAUUACGAAAAUUUUAUUCAAAAGUUCAGCAGUUGCUCAUGGAUUCUGUAUUAUGUUUAAGUAACAGCAGUACUAACAAACAUGCAAUAUCAGCACAGCAUUUAGCUUCUAUUACUCGGUUAUUAACAACAAACCUACAAAAUCGUCCAAAUAUAGAUACAGCAUCGCGCGACUUGGCGCUGGAGCGAUUUGCACAAGCCAUCAAUGCAGCCAUGUCUACAAACUGUAUUUAUGGAAAUAAACAGGAAUUGCUGCUGCUCUUACAACCAUUGUCAUAUCAACACUUUUUGAUAGAAUGGACUUUACAAACAUACGGAACAAAAGCAGCUUAAGAAGAUGCUUUAUGUGACAAUAGUCUAUUAAUUAUCUUGGAUAAUAAACAUUUGUACAUAAAAACUGUUAUCAUGCAAAAUGUAAAUGUGUAUAAAUAUUUGUUUUUAUAAUUGA